AAAAUAUUGAGAUUCUGCCGCACGCCCCGUUAAAUAAAAGUGCGGAAGCAAAUAUUGUUGAGUUGAUAUCUGUGUGUGGUGCGGCUCAUUUCACGAUAGUGUAGUGUGGUGAAGUGUACGGUGAUGGGCUUCAAAUGGCUUCUGUUUUUGAUCACCACGGCGACAGCGGUCGAAUUUAACGAUGACACGUACUACGCGAUGCCACCCCUGUACCUCCAGGACGACUACGAGCAGUGUCUGGCGACGCGCGGCACCUACUGCCUUGGCUCCUUCCACCUCAGCGGCUCGGAGCAGAACGAAAUUGCCAAUAUUAUUAAAGCGUACUCCAGUCAAGUGCACCGUUUCAACCACACGUUGAUGCACAGGGGGAUCUGCAUCACGUCAAGCUGCUCGCAUAUCGAGGAGCAGCUGGCUCCCACGCAGCGGUUCGAGCGGUGCAUCCGCAACCUCACCAGCGCCAAGUACGGCCUGAACUCCAAGUUGGCGAAGUUCGAAUACUGCAAGACGAAAGACACACCGUCUUUGGUGCCUAUAGAUGGCGUGGACUUUGGAUUCCUGGCGGUGUGCGUGGUUAUCCUUCUUGGAAACAUGAUUGGGACGUUGUACGAUGUUUUUAGAGACCAGAGCAAUAAACCAAACCGUUUGCUGGUGGCGUGGUCGCUUCUAGCUAACUUCAAACGGCUGGCCAAAACAUUUGAGAAUGAUGACACCAAUAUGUCUCGUCUCAACCCAAUCCACGGCACCAAGGCAAUAUUCCUGAUGUUGGUGAUGAUGGCUCACUCAGUCAUCAUUUAUCAUUCAGCAUAUCUCUACAAUCCACUUUUCUUGGAAAUUAACCGUCAACACCCCCUGGCGACCAUCCUCCACAACGGGUCUGUCAUAGUGCAGACCUUCAUCAUUCUAUCCUGCUUCCUCUUCACGUAUAACUUUCUGCUGCAUGUGGAAAGCAACCCGGAGAAAAAGUUUGGUGUCAAAGUGUUCUUUGGCAUUAUUCUGCACAGACUUGCCAGGAUAACACCCAUAUACCUCUUCAUGGUGGGUUUUACGGCGACGUGGAAUCGUUUCAUGGCCGACGGGGCGCUGUGGAAACCCAUAAUGGAGCGGCAGUGCUUGCAUUGCCGUGAGAAGUGGUGGUCGCAGGCGCUGUAUAUCAACAACUUCUAUAAACCAGACACGCAGUGUUUGCUGCAGACUUGGUUCUUAGCAGUGGACAUGCAGCUAUAUGUGCUGGCUGUCAUCAUCACUAUGGUGGUGGUGAGGUGGAAGAAAACGGCAGUCAAGGUGGUCGCUGGCCUUGUGAUUACCGCCGUGGUGGCCAACUUCAUCGCGUCAUAUUACUUCGACUUGAAAGCUAUCGUAUUCGUGACUUAUCCCGAAUUACUCAGAAAUCUAUAUGAUGGUGAGCGCUCAUUUAAGUGGUUGUAUGCGGCACCCUGGGGCAGCCUGCCCUGCUCUCUUUUGGGCGUGCUGCUCGGCUUCCUUUACUACCACCUGAAGGCUGAUGACGUCAAAGUAGCGGAGUAUAAGUGGUUCCGCAUCGUAUACCGCUUCACAACCCCGUGCAUGCUGGCCUGGAUCCUGUCGGGCUACUUCCUGCAAGGCGACAAGCCGCGCUUCGUGACGGCGCUGUAUGCGGCGCUGGACAGACCCGUGUUUGGAGCUGUGAUGUGCACCAUGCUACUGGGAAUGUUCUAUAGGAUAGACAGUUUCUGGUGGCGUUUUCUAUCCUGGGGUGGUUGGCAAAUCCUGGGUCGCAUGUCGCUGUCAGUCCUCAUGACGCACUGGACCUUCAAUAUGUUCCAGAUUGCUAUCCAAAGUAAUUUGAGCAGGAUAUCAUUCUUUGAUGUUGCCGGUCAUUGGUAUGUAACGAUGAGCUCAACGUACCUUGUAUCUUUCCCAAUUCAUCUUUUGGUGGAAGUACCGCUGCAGAAAUUCCUACAAGCUGUUCUUGGAGUAUAAUACCUUGUUAACAAUAAAUUUCAGUACUCAGUACUAUAGUAUUAUAUAGUCGUGGAUAAGGCUUAAGUUAAUGUCAAUUCUAGUGUACAUAUUUUAAAGUUAUUUAGAAGGUUUAAUGAAAGAAAGUAUUUAUAAAAGUUAAGGGGUAUAUUAGAUUGAACACUACCUACCAUUACUUACGGAAAGGGAGUGCAUUUUAUCAAAUUAAAUACAAACAAUAAGAAUUUCGUGGAAAACAAAGUGAUGAAAACAAA